AUGCCCAUUGUACGGAUAACGGCUCUAGGCAUCUGGGGGGUGUGUCACGAGAUAUGGAUGUGGUUAAUGCUGCCCACAUCGAGUGGGCCCGCUUUUUGUGACACAAUAGUACGCCCGUCUGGCCACUGCCAAUAG